AUGCAAGGAACGUUGCCUACUGCUUCCCUCUCUCCUGGACACUUCCAAGGUACUUCUUCUGCUCGACAACAUCACACUUCACAGUCUCAUCUUCACAGUCAACCACGGGCCAUUACCUCGCCUUCAAUCAACAUGCCACCACCGACAAUCCCUUCCAAUCGCAAGAGGAAAUCAGGUCCACAACCUAUCGCUCCUGCACCUGCGACUCAUUCUGCACUUCUAUCAAGGCAUCUGAUGCAGCAGCAAUCAUCACCUUCAGCUAGUAUCUCCAGCUUAUCAGUUGACCAAGAUCAAGAAGACGACGAAUACGUGCCGAAGACCAUUUCUUCUACCAGCAGGAAAUCUGCCUCUGGAGUGAUUGGAGGGAAACGUAAACAACCUUCAACCUCUAAUGGCCAAUCUCAUAAUGGGAAACCUACUAAGCAAUCACGAGAGGCCUUAAGAAAAGCUAAUCACUCGUUGAUCGAGCGGAGAAGGAGGGAGAAAAUCAAUGCUGCGCUGGGCGAAUUGAGAAGGAUGGUACCGGGUUUAGGGGAAGAUGGAGGUAAAACUGGAGAAUUUAAGUUGGAGGUUCUGGAACGAACCGUAGCGCACAUGAUGAAUCUGAAACAGCAUAUUGUCCAUCUAGAAUCGAUCAUUACUCAGCAUGGCUUCAACAUCCCUUCGAUGAAUAAUACUUCCAAGCCGGACGAUGAGGAUGAAGACGAUCAAGCUGGAUCCCCAGAUGGAGGAGAAGAUUUCGGUGCGAAAGACACCUUCGUCGGAUCCUCAAGAAUACAGUGUACCAGAGACAAGCAAAAUGUCGGACAGUCAACGUCAAAUCAGCAGCAUCACCAAUAUAAUCAGCAGACUCAACAUCGAUCUAAUUCCCAUUCUCAGACAAUGCAAUUUACUAAUCCCCAUAUACAAGCACACGCACUUUCACCGUACCCCUCACCUCGACCGGAUAAUGAGAACCUCAAUAACGAAGAUCCCAACGAGACUGAACCUGAAGCCAACCUGCCUCCUCCGCUGACCAAGGCUAUCCGACAAGCUCAAUCCAUCUCUCGUCACGCUUCACCAUCCGUCGCAUCUUUACUAUCUCAGACAGCUAAUCAUUCACCUACUCCCCCACCACCUGUCUCUAGACCACCUCCACCACCUCAAAGUAAUAAUCCCAUAUUUUUACCUUUCCCCGCACCUUCUCCUACUUCACCAUUCCUAAGCGGUCACCCUUCUACCUCUACCUCUGCCUCUACAUCCAGUUCAAGCUCGGGAUUACAUGGCAGUGGCUCUGGUUCCUAUCUAUCUGAUCCUUCGCCGUUCCUAGCUCCCAUUAGCGGCAUGUCAUUAUUCGGCGGUGUGUUUAACCUAGAUCUCCCUUCACCAGCCGAUAGUCUAUCGCAGCGAACUAUGAGAUACUCUCCACCUACGUUGACCCUUCCCCCCACAAAUACCCGGGAGAAGCUCAAAGAUAUGCCUCCUGAGGAAGCCGCUAAUCUGCUAUUGGCAUUCUCGUCGCCUGAUACGCUAAGACCCCAGGUUCAUGGUGUUCCCGUUGGAGAAGAGAAAAGAGAAAGAAGAAUGACUUUGGAUAAUGAUGAUUUCAAGUUGGAUUCUUCGAAUUCACCUCCUCAAGCUUCCAUCAGGAUCCCCAACCCUCAACCAGCAACAGGUGUUCACAAAGUGAAGAGUGACUAUAAGGAUGCGGAUGAUUAUACCCAGAGCGGGUUGAAGGGGAAAAGCGCGAUGGAUAUACUGAAAAUGACCAUGUCGGAGACGGAUAGUCGGACGUGA